AGAGAGCUGCAGAGUGCAGACCUGCUCACAGAGGAGAGAGUAAGACUGAUAGCAGCAGGGAAAGAACAGACACCUGAGGGGAGACUGAGAGGACAAAAGAAAGACAGAAAUUGAAGUUGCUAAAGUUUUAAAGGAUAAUUCCACAUAAAAAAAAAAAAAAAAAUAGAAGAAAGUAAGUGAGAAAAGCUGCUGAGAAGGGUCUGCCUCAAACAUGUUCCUCCUUCUGUCACUGUGCAUGUGCAGCCUCCUGCUGCGAGGUGACGCUCAGGACCGGGCGUCUGUGUGGAGGGGCAACGACCGAAGCGGCCGAUGCCACUACUCCUUCACCGUGCCCAGCCCCGUGGAAGCCAGCUGCCCCCAGGUGGGAGGUCCGGAGGUGGAGGGCCUGAAAGCCAGGCUCGGCCUCCUGGAGGCGACGGUGUCCAGGCUGAGCGGCGGGGACAGCGUGCCCCCAGGCGGCCAGCGGGCGCAGCCUGAACUUCAGGAGGCGCUCGACCGUGCCGUGGGAGAGAGGGACGCGCUGCGGGGGGAGAAGGAGCGCCUGCAGAGGGAGGUGGAGGGGCUUCAGCGCAGGAUGGAGGAGAUGAGGAGGGAGACGGAGAGGCUGAGGAGCAAACCCUGUCCCCCUCAGACCCCCGCAGUUCCACCCGGCCCCGGUCUGCAGGACGGGGGCCCAAUGAGACCUGGCUCCAGUCCCUUGUCUCACCUGAUGGGCAGGCCCAACAGGCAAGGAGACAGCAGCAGUCUGAGAGAUUCGGCGUGGCAGUUUGGAGGUCCCAGCUUCCAGGAGCUGAAGGCUGAGGUCACGGAGAUACCCGCUCCAGAUGGCAAUGAUGACAACACAGGUUGUGGGGAGCUGGUUUCAGUCGGUGAGCCCGUUACUCAUAGGAAGGCCGACAACAUCGCAGGUAAAUAUGGCGUCUGGAUGCAGGACCCUGAGGCCGAUUCCCCUUACGGACCUAACAUGGUAUGGCGUAUCGAUACUGUUGGCACUGACGUCAGGCAGCUGUUCGGGUACGAUGACAUGGAGCAGCUCUCUAAAGGCUUUCCAUCUAAGGUCCUGCUGCUGCCAGAGCUGGUAGAGAGCACAGGCGCCACUAUGUAUAAAGGCUCCCUGUAUUACCAGAGGAGACGCAGCCGCACCCUCAUCCGCUACGACCUGGCCUCCGAGAGCAUCGCCGCCCGCCGUGACCUGGUCCACGCCGGCUUCCACGGCCAGUUCCCCUACUCCUGGGGAGGCUACACGGACAUCGACCUGUCCGUGGACGAGAAGGGGCUGUGGGCCGUCUACUCCACCAGCAAGGCCAGGGGGGCGAUCGUGAUCUCGCAGCUGGACCCGCACAACCUGGAGGUGAAGAAGAGCUGGGAGACGAACAUCAGGAAGAACUCCGUGGCCAACUCCUUCAUGAUUUGCGGCCGGCUGUACACACUGGGCAGCUACACGGCCCGCGACACCAUCAUCAACAACAUGUACGACACCGAAGCCGGCCAGGGGAAGGCUCUGGCCAUCCCCUUCAAGAACAAGUACGGCUACAACAGCAUGGUCGACUACAACCUGGCGCAGAGGAAGCUCUUCGCCUGGGACAACUUCCACAUAGUGUCCUACGACCUCAGGAUGCGUCGCCAGCAGGCCAACUGAGGCCAACGCCAGAGACUGUUGAAAAGUGACAUUUGCUCACCUGUUCCUGCUUCAAAGACUCACAGCUUUAGAACAUAACACAAGCGUCAGCAGUAGCUAGAAAGCCGACACCAUCAGCAUCCACGUCAAGACGAGCCUAACUACCGUACUCCGUUUGAGGAACAGUGUCUCCAGCAGGUCUGCUUUUUGUUCUGAGAGGGAGGGCUUCUACCGUGGUGCCGUCCACUAACGUGUUUUUAGAGGAAUUAUUUUUGUACUGCCUUUAAUGUAUGAUUUUGUUGUUUCCUUGUCAAACUAUAUAUGAACAUAUAUGAGGUCAGAAAGUGGGGUGAUUAACUUAAAGUUUAUGACACAAACUCUUAUGUACUACAUGCCCUGAAGUCUUUCACACAUAAACUGAGCUCUCACUACUGCAUAGCUGUAUUAUUUGUGUAAUCAGCAUAAUGAUGUAAUGUUCAAAAUCAUGAAAUAAACUUCACCCUCAGUUACAACA